GUCACUGGCUGUCGGGAGGAGGCUGAUGGAGGACAGGGGGACCAGCAACUUGUAAGCAAACAUUUACACCGACAUAAAACAAAACACACAAAAAAAAAGAUGCAGCAAAAGCCCCCCGCGGAGGCAGACAAUGCUCAGGCCUGAAGUGAAGAAGUUUGUUGUUGCUGUCACAGCGUAAGUGCACGGGCGCAACAAAGCGAGAAACGCACCCAGCACAGAUGGAUUUGAACUAUUUGAAUUGACAGUCGACGCGGUGUCAGAAAGGCGUUAAAUGUUUCGAAAAUAUAAGUUACCGUCCUGACAAAAUGACCCGUUUGCACUGCGGGCUUCACGCUUUCGGACAAAGAGCGUCUUCCAUUCACUUCUUCAUCGCGGUCCUGGUGGUCCUGGAAAACUGCAAAACUUUGGGAUUGGGAUUAUCACAUGAACCAGAAAGAUUUCAGGAUGACUUCCCUUUGUACGAGGUGGUUCACCCUACGAGAGUGGAUGCCAAGGGUCACUUCCUGUCCAACUUCCUGUCUCACCAUGCUCGCCGUUUACAGCGCAGGGAAGCCUCAGUGGAACCAGCAGGACUAGAUCGCAUCUUCUACCAGUUUUGGCACGGCGGCCACAACUUGCACUUCAACCUCACUCUGAAUCCUCACCUGCUGGCUCCGGGCUUCAUGACUGAGACGAGGUUUGGUGGCCUGAAGGGGGCACGGAUCAAACCUGCUGGAUCCUCCCAGUGUCAUUUCUUGGGUGAAGUGUGGGAUGAUGCCAUUGUGAAAGGGAGCGCAGCUAUAAGUACCUGUGAUGGCCUGACGGGACUCUUCAAGUUGUCUGAUGAAGAGUUUUUUAUUCAGCCUCUGGAAACAUCAAGUGAUGAAACAUCAGCACCACAGGCCCAUGCCAUCUACAAACGGCAUGUGUCUCCUCCCUCCUGGAGCCCAGUCAUACAGCCCAUCUCAGGGAAACGACCUUUCAACGGUACCUGUGGAAUCAAAGAUUAUCAUCAAAGCUUUAAAGACAUUGAGAGACAGCGGGAGCGUUGGGAGCGCAGGCAGCAGAGAAGGAGGAGAAGAAUUCGUCAACGCUCUGUCAGCAAAGAGAAAUGGGUGGAAACGCUGGUGGUGGCUGACCCCAAAAUGGUGGAUUAUCAUGGGAGCAAAGCUGCGGAAAGCUACAUACUUGCUGUCAUGAAUAUUGUUGCAGGUCUCUACAGAGACGCCAGUAUUGGGAAUGCAAUCAACAUCGUGGUUGUUCGACUCAUCCUGCUGGAGAAGGACGAGGAUGACUUGAAGAUUACACACCACGCUGACAACAGCUUAAACAGCUUCUGUAAGUGGCAAAAGAAACUCAACAUGAAAGGGGACGAGCACCCGCUUCACCACGAUGUCGCUGUUCUGCUCACCAGGAAGGACAUCUGCGCAUCCGUCAACACACCUUGUGAAACCCUGGGUCUGUCGCAUGUGGCGGGAAUGUGUCAGCCGCAUCGCAGUUGCAGCAUUAGCGAGGACACGGGCCUCCCACUGGCUUUCACUGUAGCACAUGAGCUAGGACACAAUUUUGGGAUUCAGCAUGAUGGCAGCGGUAAUGACUGUGAACCCGUUGGGAAACGACCUUUCGUCAUGUCUCCACAGCUCCUGUACGGCACCUCUUUGCCCAGGUGGUCACGCUGCAGUCGCCAAUACAUCACCCGCUUCCUAGACCGUGGCUGGGGCUGGUGCCUCGAUGAUGCCCCGGUGAAGGAUAAGUUGUCUCUAUCUACGGUGCUUCCUGGCGUUCUGUACAGUGCUGUCCAUCAGUGUCGGCUCCAGUAUGGAUCAGGAUCCCUGCUCUGUGAUGACAUGGAUAAUGUAUGCAGCACUCUGUGGUGCACUGUGGGAACAACCUGCCACUCAAAGCUGGAUGGGGCUGUGGAUGGAACAAGUUGUGGGGAGGACAAAUGGUGUUUCGGUGGGCAGUGCGUUGCAGUUGGAUAUUACCCUGAGAUUAUAAAUGGCGGCUGGGCGUCCUGGAGCCCGUGGUCAGCCUGUUCGAGGACGUGUGGUGUUGGUGUCCAGAGCGCUGAAAGAGAGUGUGAUAACCCAGUUCCUAGGUACAGAGGGAAGUAUUGUCUGGGAGAGCGACGGAGGUACAAGAUCUGUAACACCGCACCUUGUGUUCAUCACCUGCCCACGUUCAGGGACAUCCAGUGUAGUCACUUCAACAGUCAGCCAUACAAGGGCAAGUUCUAUAAGUGGGAGGCAGUCAUCAACACGGUGAACCCCUGUGAGCUGCACUGCCGUCCACUGAAUGAAAACUUUUCUGAGAAGAUGCGCGAUGCUGUCAUUGAUGGGACACCUUGUUAUGAAGGCAACAAAAAGCGAGAUAUAUGCAUCAACAGCAUUUGUAAGAAUAUAGGCUGUGAUUACGCGAUAGAUUCCACUGCUGUAGAGGAUCGCUGUGGAGUGUGCAAUGGUAACGGCUCCACCUGUACAACUGUGAGGAAAACAUUUGAAGAGAGUGAAGGGCUGGGCUAUGUAGACAUUGGACUGAUCCCAGAGGGAGCCUGGGACAUUCACAUUGAGGAGUUGGGUGAAGCUAGAAAUUUCUUGGCACUCCGAAGUGACAAUCCCAGCAAGUAUUUCCUGAAUGGUGGCUGGACGAUACAGUGGAGUGGAGAAUACAAGGCAGCUGGAACAGUAUUCACCUACCAGAGGACCGGACAGCUUGAAAACCUGACGUCUCCAGGGCCCACUACAGAGCUUCUGUGGAUUCAGCUUCUCUUUCAGGAGGCCAAUCCAGGAGUGAGGUACGAGUACACCAUCAGUCAAAAUGUCUCAGAAAAGAACAACACCCCGCUGUCAGUUUUCUACUGGAAAUACGGUUCGUGGACUGAAUGCAGCGUUACUUGCGGAACAGGUGUUCAGAAGCAGAUUAUCCACUGUGUGGAAAAGACAACUGGGAUAGUUGAGGAGCAUUUCUGUGACCACUUAACCCGACUUGACCACAACCAAACCAGCUGUAAUAAGGAUCCUUGUCCAGCCAUAUGGUGGGUUGGGGAGUGGCAGAAAUGCUCAGCGAGCUGUGGGAGCUCAGGCCAAACUAAAAGGACAGUUCUUUGCAUUCAAGCAUUAAGUGUGGAGGAGCAGAAAGCCCUGGAGCCCAGUAACUGUGAACACAUCCCCAAACCUGAGUCACUAUCCUCCUGCAACACACACAUUCCCUGCCCAGCAGACUGGACCACUGGCAGCUGGUCAAAGUGUUCACUGUCCUGUGGAAGUGGAGUACGUCACCGUAAUGUUACCUGCUCUAGAAACACAGGGGUUGAUUGUGACCCCCAAAAGAAACCUUUAGCUGUCAGUACCUGCUACAUCCAGGAAUGUCCACAGAUUGUCGAUAAUUUUGGAGGUUUCGACUGGUCUGGAAGCGGCUGGUCCAGCAAAGAAGUGCUUAAUGAAAUAAACCCCAUACCCGAAGUCAAACCUCCUCCCAAGUACAGCACCACCAGAGAGCAGCCAAGAGUUCAUAACGACCUUAAUGACAUCGUUGAGGGAGAUUUCCACUACCACAACAACAUUGAAAAUACUGAUCACUCUCAGGACAACUAUGUCCCCGUGGAUGAUUUUUACUAUGACUACAACUUUAUCAACUUCCAUGAGGACUUGUCAGAUGACUUUGAGAGCAAUGGAAACAAUUCAGACAGUCACGGUUUGAGUGUUUCGCAGGAGGUCGAGCCAACCCACAGUGUGAAAGAAGAUGCUCACAUGGAAACUGCAGCCACUCCCACAGCUACGACAGCCGUUCCAAAGCCCACUGCCUACACUUUGGAAACGGAAAAUCCUCAGAACAUAAAAGUGAACAUAACAAAGGACAGUAAAAAUGCAGCGGCAAAAGAGGUUUCGCAAACAAAUUCUGAAAACUUGGAUGACUAUCUUUCUGAGGAUUUUCUUCUGCCUGUGUCGACCACUCACUCUCCACUAUUGUCUACAACUCAGCAAUCAAAACCAGCGGCAGAGAAGCAUGGCAUUCUGUGGCUGCCUGAAAACAUUAGUGCAGUGCCUAGUCUGGGUUCCACUACAAAGCAGCCUUUACAGGAUGUGAAAUGGGGGCAAUAUGCAGAGGAGGCUGAAAAUAACUAUGACAGCUUCAGUGAGGAGGAAAAUCACACUGAGGAUGUCACUAUGACUCCAAAGCAGACUGUUUCUACUCCGAGACAACUAACAGCUAUCAGUACUCCUGACUCCACUGUUGAAGGGGCUCAGGAAACAAAGGGAUAUGAUAAUUAUGACUAUAUCUCUGUAGACCAAGAGGAUGUCGAGAGUCCAGAACCUUCAGGCCCCCCCACAUCAAAAACUACAAUUCAGAUUAAGACUGAAGCUCCUCUGGAUGAAAAUACUGCAGAAAUACCUCAACCCAGUGGGUCAACAUUAUUUUCAAAUGUCUUCACAAUGGAGGAUGUCAACACGGAUCAGACUAAUUUUGAUACAUUAUACGCCACUACCGAGAAUUAUUCACGGGAUACCGACAGAGACCUCAGCACAACCUCACUUCCUGCCUCUGAGAAAUCCGUUCCUCCCCCUGUUUCCUCUCUGCUAAUCUCAGGUAACCAAGAGGCCUCCACAUCAUUAACUGGAACAGCAAUCAUACCUCCUACUCAGUUUUCUCCAGCUGAUUUCCCAACGCAUACGAUGAAACCGAUUCCAUCAAAGCCAGAGUUCACUAAAACAACUGGGACGUAUCCCGCAUCUCAAGCUCCGUUGUUUGAUGUAGUGAAUUAUGACUACAAUGAAAUAGCCUUUCCACCCGUGGUGAGGAGCGGCAUUAACAGUGAUCCUGGCUCUUCAUACCAGGUUUCAACAAGCUCAGGAGCCACUCCUCAACACAGCACAACAUCAGCACAAGACUCGGAGUCGCCCAUACCUGCUGUGCCCUUUUUGCCAACCCUUCCAGCUGUCCUAACAUCUGUCCAAACUUACGUCCACACACAAAACACUGCAGCUGCCUACUGGAUUGCUGGCAACUGGAGUGCUUGCUCCACCACCUGUGGACUCGGUGCUAUCUGGAGAACUUUGACUUGCAGUACUGGAUCACAGUCGGACUGUGAUCCCACAAAGAGGCCCGCACCUGCCCAGAGGUGUUACCUCCGCCCAUGCUCUACAUGGAAAGUCGGGGAAUGGAGUAAGUGCUCCAAGAAUUGUGAAGGCGGCAUUAAACUGCGGGAGGUUCAGUGCUUUGACCUGAGGGACCAAAGACCCCUUCGACCUUUCCACUGCCGAGCCAUGUCCUCCAGGCCCCAAACGACGAUGCCCUGUAACCUUCAGCCAUGUCUUGAAUGGUACACCUCCUCCUGGGGUCAGUGCUCUGAGGUGUGCGGAGGAGGUCAACAGCAGCGUAUCGUCACCUGUCCGGAGGAGGAUCAAUGCGACAGAGACCAUGAGCCCAGCACCAUCCAGUCAUGUAAUAGCCAUCCUUGUGCUCAGUGGCUCACCGGAUCAUGGGGACAGUGUUCAGCUUCUUGCGGAGUUGGAGUGCAGCAUCGACUUAUUAAAUGUGUUGACACCAGAGCCGAGACAGAUGGAGAAGUUGAUCAAGCUCAAUGUCACCACGAGCCACCGCCUGACAGCACCCGAAAGUGUAACACACAAGAGUGUGAGAGCGUACAGCCUGGCACAGUCUGUCUCCACAAUCGGCUGACAUUUCAUUUCUGUCAGACACUUCGAUGGCUCGGCCGUUGCCACCUCCCCAACGUACAAGCACAGUGCUGUAAAUCCUGCAGCCAGCGCUCCCACUCCAGCACGCCUCGCAGCUAAGGUGCAGCAGACUAACCGCUCACAAGCACACUGAUUGUACCACUGAGUGAUGUAAUCUAAUCAUCAUUAAAAGUCAACAAUCUGAGCCCUUUUUCUGAACUACGGACUGGUUAUGAAUCUUACACACACCUUGACUCUGCAUGUUUGUGCUGAUGAAAUUAAUGGGAAAUGGAACAAGCAAAGCAGCGAGAUUGUAAAUAUUUGUUUGCUGCACAUUUCUUUGUUACAUUACACAUGGGAGUAUCCAAUCAAUGUAGCCAGCAGUAUGAUGCAUUUUUAGAUAUAGACAAACCACUCAUUUAUUGUAUCUUUAUGGCUGGUACAGUGCUUUAUUUUUUGGACAGCAACAGAGACUGCACACGUUAGAACCGACAGGAUAUAGCUCUCACUGUGGUUUUACGUACAGCAUGAAGUGGUACAGAUGUCAUAAAGAAAAAAUAAGUGGUGCAUAUUUGCUAAGUAACAAAUAACUGACUGUUUGCAGAGCCCUGUCCCUUAAAGUGUGAUUUCAGUUUAUUUUAACCAGCUAUAUUUCUAAUUAUUGUGGGUGUUUUGGCUCUCAGGUUUAGACAUGCUCUAAAUGUGCUCUUCUACCAAUGCUGGCAUUUAUGAAAUAUUUUCAUUCUUUUCAAAUCCUACACCUUUAACAUUUAUCAUGACUUAUGAAGGCCACCGUUGUUUAGUGACCACACCCCCACUCUUGCAACUGGUAGUUUUGGUUGCAUCACAGCCUUUACAAAGUUGUUGUUCCUGACCACUCAAAGUUUACAAAGCCUAAAAACCUGCCUCACUGUGCUGCAUUUGAUUGUGGUUUUCAGUUAAAUGGAAACAAGAGAAUGGAUAUUAGCCUUCGGUUUUUCUGUGGAUAGGAAGAAGACAAAUAGGUGGGAAAAUGCUGAAGGUCAUGGCCAAAGAUGGCUUACCAAAGACCUGUGCUUGUGUUUUUGGCACUUCUCUCCUGAAGCAUGAUGAAUUUAGAUGAUUAAGAGAGUUUACAGAAAGCUGAAUGUGUCUAAACACCUUUGAAAAGCACAUAAAAUCAAGAUUUAAAAAAAUGUCAAAGACUGGUAACAUUAAAUGCUCUCCUUGUAAGCAAUAAACCAUUCAUUCUAGCAGUUGCUGCCUUUGAUAAAAAGCCCACAGACAUGACCCUGAUGACAGAGAAACCCGACACAUCUGCCAGUUUAUUCAGAUCAGCAGUUCAUAAGUGUUCAGUGUUGUCCAGAAAAGACCGAAGGAGCCACUCUUCCCGAUUUAGACAUGUUGAAUGUGGCUGUGUUGUGGUUAGGAGAUGUGUGCAACCCAGUAAUGUUUACACAUGUGAACAUGAAAAAUGAUUUCAAUAAAAAGUUAAAGGUAGUCUCUGAAACUGUAUUUAUAAUGACCUUUACCAAAAAAAGAAUGUCAGCACAGAGAAACAGUCGCUGCACUGACUUGCAAGCGCCAUUUGUAGUUAUUUCAUGUUUUAUUUUGUAAAGUCUCAAAGGGAUAUCGAGCCUUUAUUGUGAACAUUUUGUGGAAAAUAAAUAAACGGAUGGCGGAGCCACACGAUGGUUUUACCAUCGUUGUUGCUGACAAACCAACGCGUAAAAGAGUCUCUUGUCCAUCCAGUCUGAUUAUUUUAGAUAUAAGAAAAAUAGAGAACUCUAAGAAGAAAUUAAGAUAGCCACUACACCAACAAACUCACAGCUUUUGAAUAUCAGAUUGAAAUAGCUUGUUAAUGCUAAUAAGAUAAGCUAUACAUGGCUUUAUUUAAUUAGCACCCUGCCCACACGAAGUCUGUGCUGCAGUUUAUUAAACUAAAUUCAAGAAUUUUCUUUGUAUGUUAUCCAAUCUAUGGAUACACUAUGCAAAUCGAGCUAGCUAGUUUUACCUGCAAACAUAGCACUUCUACUGUUCAAAUAGGGUCACCUUUGGCUCCAAGAUAGCUAAGGAUAAAAAUACUCUUCCAAAUUUUGACAAGCGAGCAGAUAUGUGAAGCUUAAGUUUUAGGCUGUGAUUAUUAUACUGUAAUCGCUUUGGGGGACAGUUUAAGCAAACAGUUAUUUGGACUGCUACAUGUGUACUGCAGCCUGUAAGAACCCUUUUGUUUUUGUGACUUUGUCACAGUUUGGCUUUACUUUUACUUUGUGGCUUUAAAUUCACAAGGUAAAAUGUAAAUUUCAAAAGGAAAAGCUGCAGUCAAUACUUGGUGCUGGAGGCCACAUAGGCUCCAAACAUAUUGUGUCAGGUAUUGGCAGGCCCAGUGCCUUAACUUCGUGAGUACUGGAUCAUUUGAUGUCAUUAAUAUUAUUAAACUCUUGAUUAAAAAUAAUAGUCAGAUGGAGGGAAAUUAAGAUAACAUAGCAGAUCAUAAUACAAUAGAUUCCGAAGGGUAAAUUAGUGGAAGAAUCAGUAAUAUGUGGUAUUUUAUACUUUUCUAGGUGUUUAAUUAUUGCCAUGUUCUGUUAUGAGAAUUCAUGAUAAUUACAUAUUCAUUAAAAACUAUCUUCAGAAAUUGGAAAGCAGCUCAUAUAUGGUCUUACAUAUCUAAUGAUUAAAAACCAAUAAACAGCUUCUGUAAAGCUAUUAAACGAGGGAUGAUAAGGAGUAAAGGGGAAAAAUCAGCACAUAUCUAUAUCCUUUUGUCAAAAAUCACAAUAAAAGGACCAAAUUACAAAUGUAUGUAGUGUAGCUGAAUAGAAUUGUAAUACCUAAAAUUCUCUCCAGUCAUUGGCAAGUUUUUAUAUAUUUGUUAUUAUCAAAGAUUCAUACAUCAUCAGAAUGUAUGAUGACUUUACAAUUAAGGAGGAUUAUUGUGUACCCCUGCCUUUUCAUUUGCUUGUUGCUCUGACAAGUUUUUAAUGUUAUUGCACACUACUGUGCAAAUGUCUCGAUCUACCCCUCAUUUCAUUUAAAAUCUGCUUCCAAACACCUAAACUUUCUUGUAGUGUAGUGUUUUUUCUUAAAGUGUGGGAUCAUUUUUGACAGAAUGGAACAAAACAGGAAGAGCUUUGAAUGUCCUUCAAGAAGCCUGGAGAACUAUUCUUAGAAGUCUACUUAAAGAAAUGAGAAGGAAGCUUGCCUAAGAGUUCAGUUGAAGAAUAAAGGUCCUCAUACCAAAUAUAAAAUGUAUUCCUUGUACAAGAGUAAAGGUACAGACUCGCUUUGCCUUAUAUACUGUAUUUCCAUGUGUUUGCUGCACCUAUGUCCCAUUUUCCUAACAAAAUAUAAAGAAAUGAGGCGUUGCUUGAGAAUUUUGCACAGUACUGUAGCAUUUACAUGUAUGCUGUGGCAGAUAUAUCAACUUGAUAUCAAGUAAACAUGUGAACAUUUUGGUGUUUUGUGUGACUGUCAACGAGAUUAUUGUUGGAUUCACUUGUGAUUCAAAGCAGCAGGUUCUUGGGAAAUGAAAGAACUCGUAAAUUACUUUUGCAGUUACCAAAUUUUGUAUUUGUGACACUUUGUAUCCAACUUUGAUGUUUAAUCACAUAUCAAAGCAUAAUAAGUGAAAUAAUCUUUUUAUCUGUUGUCCAGAAGCAUGUUGUGUCUUAAACUAUAAUUGCAUUGUUGUUUUCAGUCACUCCAAAGUUGUAAUUCCAGUAUUUUCACAGCCGGCAAAAUAUUCCUUCACCACAACAGUGGUGAGAAGAGACACAGUCUCUUGGUUGUGCCGUGGCAAGCAUUUUAUUAUUUCACCAAAAUUGAAAACAUCAGUAAGGCCAUUGAAAUACCUCUGAAGCAUGCUGCUGGAUUACACAUGUAAUGAUUUUUCUCCUAACUUUGUAUAGGGAAAGGUUUUUGCCUGGAUCAUGAAAAAGAGCCAAGGACUGUGACACCAUGAUAAAUCUAAGAUAUAACCAUGACAAAUGAAGCCUACAUGGUAAAGCUGGCUGGUAAAGGUGGUUAUUGAUGUGUGUAGAAGGGAGCAUGUUUCAUUUUUUACCAAACAGCAGGCUAAUGGAUGAGGACUCUACAGGUUUGGCAAAUGUAUCUCUGGUUAACCUGUCUGAUUCCAGGAAAGGAUGGGACAAAACCACUAAGCACUGACAUAGAAGCAUUUGGGGCCAAUUAACACCACUGAAACGUUAGGCCUAGAGACCAGGGUUAUUUAUCUUGUAACUCAAAGUGAUGGAUAUUAUGCCUGGCCUACUUUAGGUAGUAUUCGGGCAUGCUAAUGAUAGUUGUUUAUCUUGGAGCAGACACACUAUUUAAUUUGUUGUUUUUUUUACAACAUUUUGAUAUGUCAUAAUGGGGAAGGCACAGGUGAACUCAGGUUACACUUGCAUGAAACUUAGACUUUACUAAUAUAUGUUUGAUAUCAGCCUUGCUGUUACCACUAAGACAAAAUGUUCUGUUUUUCACACCUUUGCUCAUUUAUUCUCGUUAGUAGUUCUUAUUUUUGAAGGCAAAAACAAACCAGUACUUCAACAUGUACAACCUUUAUAUUUAGAGACAAUUUAGAUGAGUAAAGAACUUGACAUACCUGCCAUGUUUAGUUGCAUAGUUGUUGUUUUUUAUUGUUAUUAUUAUUUUUUUAGUUUGUUAGUGAUUUAUUCCCGUAUUUUGUUGUAUUUUUAAAGAUUCAUCUCUGUACAUUUAAUGAAAAUGUUGGUUUCCAAGCACAAGAUCAACCACUUAUGUUGAAUGGACAUAAUGCCACAUGUGUAGUAGUCAUUAAACACGUUCACACUGAA